AUGGAACUCAACCGAGAACAUUUUCGCGCCAUAAUUUAUUACAACUUUCAGAGACAAUUAUCGCAACAAGAAUGCCUUGCUGAGUUACUGUCUAUUUUCGAUAACGAAGCUCCACAUCAGUGGACAAUUUCCCGUUGGUAUGGAGAACUCAAAUGUGGACGGUUGAGUCUUAGCGACGAUCCCAGGGUGGAUCUCAAAGACCUCAAUAUAAAAAUUUUACAUGAAGAAUUAGGAGUAAGAAAAUUAGUUUCUCGUUGGAUACCCCACCUGUUGACUGAAGAGCAGAAAGCAGCCAGGGUUAAUUGGUGUCAAAAAACGCUUGAACGUUUCAAUUCCGGAAACUCAAAAGAUGUGUACAGCAUUGUUAGUGGAUUUACUUCGGCUGUUUGGGUGUUCCAAGGUGAAGAAAAGCCAACAAAACUCAUCCGUUCUCGAAGUGUUUCGAGAAUGAUGGUCGCGACAUUUGUGUCAAAAGCGGAUCAUAUUGCAACAAUUCCUCUUAAUGAGCAAAGAACUGUUACUGCGGAUUGGUAUACCACCAUUUGUUUGCCAAAAACAAUGCAAGCUCAAAAAAGAAGGCAGUAUUUAACGGAAGAAAACGUGGAAUUAUUGGACCAUCCUCCAUAUAGUCCCGAUCUAAGUCCUAACGAUUUCUUUACUUUCUCGAAAAUUAAAAACAGACUGCGUGAUCAAAGGUUCCAGUCACCAGAAGAAGCAGUUGACGCAGUCAAAAAUGCCGUUUUGGAUCUGCCAGCAAACGAGUGGAAUAAGUGCUUCGAAAAUUGGUUCGAGCCAUUAAGAAGAAUAAUCGUGAAAAACAGGCCUGCCAAUUAUUUACAAUUAAGCACUCUGUGGAGUGACGCUAGAGGCCCACAAACUGGGAUUUAG